GACGCACCGCCGCUGUCGUCCAGCGAUCAGGGAAGAAGCAGAAGCUCGUCUCGACGGAACUAAAACAGCACGGUCACUGCGAUACUGUCAGAGCUUCUUCGUAGCUGUUAUGGAUGCCACCUGCUGUUUCUGCUGAUCUGCUGCUCUUCUCAAAGUCCAGAGGGCCAUGAGCCCAACCAGUUCCUGUCUGCAAUAUGAGCCUCCGAACCAUAGGGGGCGCUGUGCUCAGCUCCCUUGGUCCUAGUCUGGCAGCUCAGGUUGGAGGAGCCUGGAGCUCCAUCUCUUUCAGACCCAUACCCUCCUUGCUUCAGACCAUGGUACCUGCUGGUUACACCGCACUACAGGAGGAACGGCUGGCCAUGGUGGACCUCGGCACGCCCAAGCCAGAGUCCCUCAAGAACGGGUUCCACCGUGAGCCCCGCCGCCACUCGGACCGCAGCAGCCGAACGUCCAUCAGCAUGUCUGAUGUUGGAGAUGGACACUAUGCGGAGACGGAGCCCAUGCUGCCUGAGGGCAGGCUUUCGGGAGAAGAGGCCGAUGAGGAAGAGGAGAGCGAAGAGGAAGGGCAGCAGCAGGCACCUAGAAAUAUGCCCAAAGAGUCACCCCUCGCCAUGGCAUUGCAGAUACUGGUGCCCUUCCUUCUAGCUGGGUUCGGGACGGUUUCGGCCGGAGUUGUACUGGAUAUAGUACAACAUUGGGAAGCAUUUAAAAACAUUACCGAGAUCUUCAUCCUGGUUCCGGCUCUUUUGGGUUUGAAAGGAAACCUAGAGAUGACCCUCGCUUCCAGGCUUUCCACGGCGGUUAAAGUGACUGUCAGCUCUCACAAGAAGUGCUCCACUGAUGCUAAGUUGCUUCAUGAUGAGAUCUUGGCCUGUUUUGGGCGUGCUCUCAGCUACUCUCACCCAUAUGUGUCGUCUCUGGUGUGUGCCUUCUUCAUGUGUCUGACUCCGCUGUGGAUGGUCAUCUCUUCCAAACACCCGGCCAGCCGUCAGCUGCUCUACUCAGGCUGGGAGCCCGUUAUCACUGCCAUGUUCAUCAGCAGUAUUGGAGGACUCAUCCUGGACAAAACUGUGUCUGAUCCCAACCUGGCUGGGAUUGUGGUUUACACGCCUGUUAUCAAUGGUAUUGGAGGAAACCUGGUGGCCAUCCAGUCCAGUCGGAUAUCCACCUACCUGCAUUUUCACAGCACCCCUGGGGAGGUUCCUGACGAGGCCAAGGGUUGCUACUACCCCUGCCGCACCUUCUGUGGCACAGGGGCCAAUCACAGGUCAGCACAAGUACUGCUGUUACUGGUCAUCCCUGGUCAUUUGAUCUUCCUGUACACCAUUGAUCUGAUGGAAAGGGGUCACACCUCACUGACGUCCGUCUUCAUGGUCGUGUAUUUGGCUGCUGCUCUUUUCCAGGUGUUCUUGUUGCUUUGCAUUUCGGACUGGAUGGUGCACUCCAUGUGGAAAAGCGGGAAGGAUCCGGACAGUUUCUCUAUCCCGUAUCUGACAGCAUUGGGCGACCUGUUGGGAACCGCCCUCCUGGCUCUCAGCUUCCACUUCUUGUGGAUCAUCGGGGACCAGGACAGUGAUGUGGGUGACUAAGGUCUUUCUUUGAUCUUUGACCCGCAGAUCAAACUAUUCCAUACUUGCUGUCCUCACUUAUUGCCUUGAAUGGCUGCUUGUCGGGCAUAAAAACAAACUUAUAAAGUUCGUGACUCUUCUUAAAGUGCCAGAUGAUUUAUUAGCUGCCUCGAAAGAUUCGAAAGGCAGCAAAGCUUCUCCAUCAUUUCAAACAGGGUGAUUUCUGGUGCAUGUGUCUGGCGGUACGAACAGCUUCUUUAAUGCUCACUUUAUCAGCACUAUAGCAGUGGAAGGACCAAAUACAAGCCCUAAAAACAAGAAUAUGUCUGGUGAUUGUACUUUUUUUAUUUGUCUUUGUCUUUCUUUACUUAUUUACCCAUGUUGCUUUGUCGUCUCUUUUAAGACUUGAGACCAGGUCCUCAUGUCUGUCCAAUCGAGUCAGACCUUAUUACAAGUAUAGCUGCACAGUUUUACUCAACCAGUGCCAGAUCAAUUCAUAUAAAACUCUGUAAUGCAGUUUGAGAGUUAAAGUAUUGCUUUGUAUUGCUUAAUAGAGUACUAAUAUAUAUCAGCUUUGAGAAAAGGGAAUAGACCUUCAACUGCUCGUUUAAAGACAAACACAACGGUCUGAGUAUCGAUUGGAAAUGUCAGACUUUGUUUUUCGGUCUCCAAUUACGUCCUUGUUUAAUGGUCAUGUAUGCAACCAAACGAAAUGGGGUGAAUGUGCAACAUAGACACACUAAAUGAAGUCUUAUAUAUAUAUAUAUAGUAUAUGUGUGUGUGUGUGUGUGUGUGUGUGUGUGUAUAUGUAAAGAUUUUUGUACAUUGUUACUAAGGUGCCAUGAACAGCAUUUUUCUAUGGGGAAAAAAGGAGUUUCUAAUGGCACCAGUGGGGGAUUCUUUGUGUUUCUUUCUUGCCAUGCUUUUUUGAUACUCAAAAUGUUUAAUAAAGGUUUAAUAAAAAUGUAUGUCCAAU